AUGCGCAGCCGCCGCCGCCGCCGCCGCGUCCGCUCGCCGGCGGCCGGGCCGCUGGACGACGGCGACCUGCUCUCCGAGAUCCUGCCCCGCCUCUCCCCGCAGCCCUCCUCCCUCCCGCGCGCGUCCCUCGUCUGCAAGCGCUGGCGCAGCAUCGUCUCCGACCCCGGCUUCUUCCGCCGCUUCCGCCUCCGCCACCGCCGCAACCCUCAUCUCCUCGGUUUCUUCGACAAGUACGAUGAUAUGUCCUUCCUACCAACUCUGGAUGCCCCCAAUUGCGUCCCUCCCGGGCGCUUCUCCUUGCCGUUCGACGACGUCGAUGAUUACCGCUUUUCCCUUGGGUGCCGCCAUGGCCUCCUACUCUUCUGGCCUAUGAAGCGUUUCCAGGUCGUGGUGUGGGACCCCGUCACCGGAGACCAGCACCGCAUUGCCGUUCCCCCGGGGUUCGACGGGACACACGGGGCGGUGCUUCGCGCCACCGGAGACGAACACUUCCAGGUGGUCUUGGUGGUGAGGCAUUCGGAUGACAAGCAACAUACACCUGCGGUUGCCUGUGUUUACUCGUCAAAGACCGGCUUAUGGGGAGAUCGUAUCUCGACACCGCUUCCAUACCAACCUGAUGUGAGCGGUUCUCCCAACACCAUGCUUUAUGAGUUUGAUGCUGUGCUGGUUGGAGACUCACUUCACUGGAUGCUUUCUGGGAAUUUUGGUGGAAUUCUCAAGUUUGAUUUGGAGAAGCAGAGCCUAGCUGUGAUACGAGUGCCGCCAGUGGAUAUGUAUGGCCAGGGCAACUACUUCCAGGUUAUGAGGGCCGAGGGCGGCGGGCUGGGUUUCCUCUUCAUGUCAGUGUCAGACUACGCUGCCCAGUUAUGGAAGAGGAAGACAGAUUGUGAUGGUGUUGCUUCAUGGGAGCUUGGAAGAACUAUUCAACUAGACAAGGUACUUUCUCUGAAGUCGGAGGAUAAAAACCCCAUAGCCCUAUCGAUACUAGGGUUUGCUGAGCAGAAUAGUGCCGUUUUAAUUUGGACAGUUAAUGGCACCUUCAUGAUCCACCUUGACUCAUUGAAUUUCAAGAAGCUUGCCGAAACCACCGCAAGAUGUUCUCACUAUCAUCCAUUCGAAAGUGUCUACACUGCAGGAACACGUGUUGAUGUUGGACACGAUGGGGCUGAGCUUUUGGUUGAUAUGUAAGAUGAUUGUCUGGUUGGACAUGCUAUUUGACCUGUUGGUUGAGCAAUUAAGCUUAUCUCCAACUGAUGUUCUACCUCCUCUACUGGAUAUGCUCCUUUGAUUCCCUCCCUUCCGUCCAGCUUCCUUGCUUUCAGUUUACCUACUCCUUAGUACUCCCAAGUUUCUUCUGGUAAUGUGGGUUCUUCUCCCUCUAGCCCCUCCGAUGACUAAUGGCUUAGGGCCUUCCUCUUUCUAUAUUGUGCUUAUGUUUGUGCCUGCUUGGAAAUGAGAAUGUUGUCAUAUUAAGUAGUAGCAAAUGAAGCACUAACCCUUAUUGUGCUUUAGGGUUAUAUCUUUG